UUACUUUCUUCUGAUGUCUGACUGUGUAGGACGCAGUAACUAAUCAUGGCGUCCGAUGCCAUGAUGUUGAUCAGGGGGUUGGCUAAACUUGGUAAGGCAGUGCUGGAAGUGCAGACUAAUAACCUGCGGAAUGUCGCACUUGGUGGAGAUGCUGCUGUCCUGGCAAGAGGUUGGCAAGUGGCAGCGGAGGAGCGCUUUAGUGCUGCUGUGGGGAAAAUGCAGGAAAUGGGCAAGCAGCAGGAGAACCUUGCAGGAGAUAUUGACACAGAGUACAACUUCCCUGGGUCCGCCUCGGAUAUCGCUGGCAUGGAGUAUUCACCCUCCUCCAACCAGAAUCCUGAUAUCCAUCACAUUCACCGAAAGGAUGAAACUACACAAAGUAUGGCCCAAUCAGACUAUUCUAUCCGUCCUCACCCUUCAGUUGGGAAACAAAAUGGAACUUUAUUUGAGGACUACAGGGACGUUUCAGGUCCGUUUGCAGCACAAAGGCAGCAAAGGGGCUUCCACCAGGACCAUUCCCCUGUGAGUGGGCUAACGGCAGAAGAUAUAGAGAAAGCCAGAGAGGCUAAAACCAACCCAGAGCACAAGCCUCACAAACAGAUGCUCAGUGAAAGAGCACGUGAACGAAAAGUACCCGUCACAAGAAUUGGAAGGCUGGCCAACUUUGGAGGUAAAAUUUUAUAUAUUGUGGAGGGAGCAGUUUCUACUCUGGCUAAGCGUACCACUAUCCCGAAAGGUUCUUCAGGCAGUGGUAAAAAGUCAGUGAUGGACUCCAGCCCAUUCCUGUCUGAAGCUAAUGCUGAGCGCAUUGUGAGAACUCUCUGUAAGGUCCGAGGUGCUGCGCUGAAACUGGGCCAAAUGCUCAGCAUUCAAGAUGAUGCUUUCAUCAAUCCCGAGCUGCAGAAGAUCUUUGAGAGAGUGCGUCAGAGUGCUGAUUUUAUGCCAAUAAAACAGAUGAUGAAAACAUUAAAUGGAGACCUUGGCCACAACUGGAGAGAGAAGCUUGAUUUAUUUGAAGAACGUCCUUUUGCAGCAGCUUCCAUUGGCCAAGUUCACCUUGCUCGGCUGAAGGAUGGGAGGGAAGUUGCCAUGAAAAUUCAGUAUCCCGGAGUGGCUCAGAGCAUCUAUAGCGAUGUAAACAACCUUUUGACUGUCCUUAAUAUGAGCAAUGCCUUACCUGAAGGUCUGUUUCCUGAACAUCUGAUAGAAGUUUUGAGCCGAGAACUGGCAUUGGAGUGUGACUAUAAGAGAGAAGCUGCCUGUGCUAAAAAGUUUAGAGAGUUGUUGAAAGACCAUCCAUUCUUUUACGUACCAGCAGUUGUUGAUGAGCUGUGCAGUGACCACGUCUUGACCACUGAACUGGUCUCUGGCUUCCCGCUGGACCAAGCAGAGGGCCUUAGUGAGGAAAUUCGCAAUGAGAUUUGUACCAACAUCCUGACCUUGUGUCUGCGGGAGCUUUUUGAAUUUAGGUUUAUGCAGACUGAUCCAAACUGGUCCAAUUUCUUCUAUGACCCACAACUACAUAAGGUCGCUUUAUUAGACUUUGGAGCAACAAGAGGCUUUGAUGAGGAGUUCACCGAUAUGUACGUUAAGUUAAUCAGAGCAGCUGCUGAUAAAGAUCGGGAAAAGCUUCUGCAAUUGUCUGUGGAGAUGAAAUUCCUCACUGGCUAUGAAUCAAAGACCAUGGAAAAUGCCCACAUCGAUGCGAUUCUGAUCUUGGGAGAGGCUUUUGCGUCCCAUGAGCCUUUUGACUUUGGUUGCCAGAGUACUACAGAGAGAAUUCAUCGUCUUAUUCCGGUUAUGUUAAAGCAUCGUCUGACCCCACCACCUGAGGAAACCUAUUCCCUGCACCGCAAGAUGGGAGGAUCCUUCCUAAUAUGCUCAAAGCUGAAGGCUAAGAUUGCCUGUAAGGACAUGUUUGAGGAAGCCUAUGCAAAAUAUUGGAAGGAAAAAGGAGAUGGAAAACCAUAAUUGGUGCAGUUCUGUUGUUCAUGGUUUUUUCCUCUUGUCUCAGAAAAUUAUUAAAUUACAAUCUAAAAAUCUCUUGCAUCUCACUGGCCAGAAUAGGACAUUCUAAUGGCUGCGGAAAGUCCGGGAGAUGGUCUGAACAGGAACUUGACUGACACUCUGGAUGGAAAUAGGUGUAUGGAAAGCUUUAGAAACAUUUUUUUUCUCUCUCUUUAAAAAUAAAUAAAUAGAAACCUAAUGACUGCUAAAGCUUUGAAAGAAGAAGUGCAGAGAGAUUUAACUCGCUCAUAGAUGGGGUAAUAAAAUGUGAGAGAGAAGUAUCAGAUGUUUGACAGCUAACAAAGGUGUGGCGUUCAUAGAAAAUAUACAUCUUUGCUUUACUUUGCUUAAUGUUCAAUGAAAACGUAAUUUUUUUGUUUUUCCCUCCAGUUUUUGUUUUAUUGCUAAUAAGUAAUAAUAUUAAAUGCUUUUUGUACUGUUAAUUGUAAUCGGUCUAAUCUGAGUUUUUUGUUUUGGACAAGGAAAUUGUGAAAUGCGUUGAUAUAAUGUGCCUUUCCAUGAGUAAAAGGGAGGUAUUAAUGGCAAGCAAAAAAUACAAAAAGAAAAAGGGCCAUAAUUUCCUGGUAGACACCUCACACUCAGAUGGCAGACAUCUGUUUAAUAUAAUUUCUCUCUCUAAGAAAUAGUAUGAAUAAGACAGCUUUAAAGCAAACUCAUGGAUGUAGGUUACAGAUCUCACUGGUACUGCUAGCAGCUGAAGGGGUUUGUUUCAGUAUUGUGACAAAUUACAGGCAAACACUUUUCUUUUUAGCAAAAUGUGAGAACAUUAAGCUAAACAUCCAGGUGCUGUGAUGAUAGAAUGACUUACAAGUUAUAACUUCUGCUCUUUAUUUGUGCCAAAAUUUAAAUGGCAACCUAUAGGAAACAGUCAGUGCCGUAUAUGUAGAAACCAUAGAAGUUAUUGUUUCCUGGUACCUAUGAUUUUAAUAGUUAUUUUCUGCUUGAGGGAAACUGCUUCUCUGUACUGAUUAAACACUACUAGUGAACUGUAAAGCUUCCUAACAAUUAUACAAAGCUCAAAAUGAAAAUUGAAGUGAUUGCAUUUCAGUUUUAUUAGAAGCAUGUGCAUUAAAAUAAUGCUUUUAGUGAAGUCGUGACCUCUUAAAGGGACACUGAACCCAAAUUUUUUCUUUCAUGAUUUAGAUAGAGCAUGCGAUUUUAAACAAAUCCUACUAUCAAUUUUUCUUUGUUCUCUAUGCAUCUUUACUUAAAAAAGCAGGAAUGCAAGCUUACGAGCCGGCCCAUCUUUGGUUCAGCACCUAGGUUGUUCUUGCUGAUUGGUGGCUAAAUGGUAAUCAGCAAGCGCUAUCCAGGGUGCUGAACCAAAAAUGGGCCGGCUCAAAGGCUUACAUUCUUGCUUUUUCAAAUAAAGAUAGCAAGAAAAUGAAGAAAAAUGGAUAAAAGGAGUAAAUUAGAAAGUUGCUUAAAUGUGCAUGCUCUAUCAUGAAAGAAAAAAAAUUGGGUUCAGUGUCCCUUUUAAGCGCUACAGUGCACAUAUGUACAUAGGUCCCGUGCACCUGCUCAUGAAGCAUAUAUGAUGGUGAUUAGUCUGGUAUGUAUUAUCACUCAUUAAUGCAUGGCAGCCCUGGCUGUAUGAGCAGACAUAUGUACAUAUGCCCCAUAAACGCAAAACACAAUCACUGCUUUAAGCAUAGCUUUUGAUAGAAGCAUUUUUGCUAAUACAAGUGUAUUGGAAAUGGUUUAUUUACAAAAUGUCUGUGCAUUUCAUUGUCUCAUUUCCUUUUUAAAGAGACAAAGUCAAAAUUAAACUUUCAUAAUUAUUCCAAUUUACUAUUAUCACUUUAUGCACACUUUCUGAGGCACCAACUCCUACUGAGCACUCAGUAGAGGCAUAUGAGUGUGACUGGCUGAUUGCGGUCACAUGAUACAGGGGUAGGGAAGUCAAACUACAUUUUGAAAGUUGUUAGAAAAAAGUCUACUGUACAUGUGAAAUUCAAAGCAAUUGUUGUUGCGUGGUCUCUUUAUUAUGUAUCUGUUAAUUAUGCAAUUCUAUGGUAUUUAAAAGGACGUGAAACCCAAAAAUUUUCUUUCAUGAUUCAUAUAGAAUACAAUUUUAAACAUCCCAAUUAACUUCAAUUAUCUAAUUUGCUUCAUUCUUUCGCGUACCCAUGUGCAUUGCUAUUUCUUCAACAAUCACACGAAGCAUCUAUGUGCAGCCACCAAUCAGCAGCUACUGAGCCUAUUUAGGUAUGCUUUUAAACAAAGAAUAUCAAGAGAAUGAAGCAAAUUAGAUAAUAGACGUAAAUGGUUUAAAAUUGCAUGCUCUUUCCAAAUCAUAAGUAUGCACAGAAUACAAUGCCUGUUCAGCCCGGUCUUCAAGUGUUACUGCUCUCUCUGGUGAAUUGUCACCAAUAUACAUAAAGGACCAUUAAAGGGACAUAUGAAACACUUUUUCUUUCAUGAUUUGAUGUCCCUUUAAUGGUCCUUUAUGUAUAUUGGUGGCAAUUCACCAUAGAGAGCAGUAACACUUGAAGACCGGCUGAACAGGCAUUGUAUUCUGUGCAUAGGCAUAAACCGUUAUAUUACUGUUUAAAGGGACACUGAACCCACAUUUUUUUCUUUCGUGAUUCAGAUAGAGCAGCAAUUUUAAGCAACUUUUUAAUUUACUCCUACUAUCAAUUUUUCUUUGUUCUCUUUUUAUCUUUAUUUAAAAAAGCAGGAAUGUAAACUUACGAGCCGGACCAUCUUUGGUUCGGCACCUAGGUUGUUCUUGCUGAUUGGUGGCUAAAUGGUAUUCACCAAUCAGCAAGCGCUAUCCAGGGUUCUGAACCAAAAAUGGGCCAGCUCGUAAGCUUACAUUCCUCUCUUUUUUUCAAAUAAAGAUAGCAAGAAAACAAAGAAAAAUGUAUAAUAGGAGUAAAUUAGAAAGUUGCUUAAAAUUGCAUUCUCUAUCUGAAUCAUGGAAGAAAAAAAUUGGGUUCAGUGUCCCUUUAAGGGAAUUGCAAAGCAAUCCUUGGCACAACUGAAUUAUUGCUCUAGCUACGAAAGUUAAAUGCCUUUCAUACCAUUGUCUGGACUUGUUUUACUACAACAAAAUUAAUGUCAGGGCACAAAUUAAAGUGACAUUGCACUCUCUCUAAAUAAGUGUUAUGUAGUUGUCAAAUAUGAAGGAGGCUUUGUCCAUCUCAACCAACGGCGAUCAAUAACUUUAAGGUAUGAAAUAUUUCUUACUGUUUGCAGCUAACCACUUUUCAUGUAAAAAAAAAAAAAAUCUAUAUAUUUUUACAUGUUAAACUGCAACUAUUUUUUUGGCACAAUAAUAAUCUUGAGUGCAACAAUCUGUUAAUUACCUAAUAUUAUUUUAUGGUGGUUAUUGUCUGAAUACUUUGUGACAUUUUUUUUUAUUUGCGGUUACAUGUUUGCUAAAAAUGCCAAGUAGCUAAGCAAAGUGAUGACAGGAAAAAGUAAUUCCAUUUUUCCAGAAUAGAUGUAACUUUAGAAAAUGUGUCUGGCUUACAUUUUAAAUUCCAAUUAAAAUAGCAAAUUAUUACAUAAUCAUUUGGUGUGAAAACUGUAAAAAGCUUAUAGUUGUGUAGUAAAUACAUUAUUUAGGCAAGAACAUAUCUUUUUUUUUUUUUUUCUGCCUUUCCUCUCCAGUUGCGUUAAAUGUAAACACACCUGCCGUAUAGCAACAAAAGUGCCAAAUCUCUGGAAAUAUUGUCCGUCCACAGUGACCGCUGAAUGUAUAACUUUUAAUACAUAAAAAUAUGCACACAUUUUUUAGCAGAAUUCUGUAAUUUUCAAUAGCAAAAUUAAUAAAAUCUGCCAAAAAGG